AUGUAAUAACUAUCUGAACAAUAAUAUAUAUAAAAGAGUAAAGAAACCUAAAUUGAACUAAAGAGACUAGCCAGAUCAAAAGCAUUAUAGAAAACAGUUGAAGCUUGUUCUUGCAAAUCACAAAACAUCUAGUAGAACAGCUAAGACGAGGAGAUAUUAUUAUUGAACGAAUCUUAACAAAAUCCAUUUUACUAAUCAUAUUAAAAAGGACCAAGGAAGAGUUAAGUUCAAUAAUAUUUGGAGAAGAUGUUGAAGAAUGUGGAAUAGAAAAAUGUGAUUAUCAAAAAAGAAACUAAUUUUAAACCAUUAAGUAUUUUAAACGAAGAGAUAAAUAAAUCAAAAACCAAAUUUCAUUUCAGAUCCAACUCUUAAUUGUCUCUCACUAAUUAUUAGUCCUAAUUUAUACCAUAUUUUGAACAAGUCAGAACUACAACUAAUAGUUCUUAUCAUAAUAAUAAAAAGGAUUGUCUUAAAUUGAUAGAUCUUAUGAAAAACAAAAAUAAAGUUAUUAAAAUAAAAAAGUGA